AUGGCCGCAGCGGAGAGGCGAGCUCCGAAGCUGCUGGUGUUCGACUUGGACCAGUGCCUGUGGUCCUUCGAUGCCGCGCUGCCGCGCUACGGGCCCCCCCACCGAGCAAGCGACGGGGCUGUGCAGUGCCAGGCUGCAGCCGCGAAGCCGUUCAAAGAAGCUGCCGAGAUCGUUCGACAGGUCAACGAGCUUCCGGACAUCGGUCCCUUGCGGGUCGCCAUCGCCUCACGCAACGCGCAGGAGAAGAUUUGCAUUGCGCUGCUGCAGCACAUGGGCUUGUUCCAGGAUUCCCCAGGCGGCCCCGGCAUCGACCGUUCGCUGCUGGCCAUCUAUCCAGGCAGCAAGACCACGCACUUCCAGCAGCUGGCCAAAGCAUCAGGCGUGGAUUUUCAGGACAUGAUCUUCUUCGAUGACAAGGGGAUGAAUAUCCGGGCUGCGCAGAGCCUGGGCAUUGUCGCGCAGCAGGUGUCGCCCUUGCGGGGCGUCACUUGGAAGGACUUCCACGCAGCGAUGGGCUCCUGGCACGCGCAGAGGCGCUCCAGCCAGGCGCUGACUCGCUGGCUGACAGGCAAGCCAGAGGUUGCGGCGGUGGCAGUAGUGGAUUUGGUGGAGGAGGACAUCCCCGUCCCCGCAACCGAUUCGGUGGUGGAUGUGGUCGCAGCAGCUUCCGAAGGAACUGCUGUCAUGGUGGUGGACCUCUGCGAGUGA